CGUCCAGCCAAAUAGCUACCGGUAUAUAACUAUUUCCUUGACAUAGUGGGAUCUCUCUAGAAACCACCGCUGCUUCCAGAACUUCUGAAUUUCCCCACCUCACCGAAUCUUUCAGUUCGCGCCCUGAUACAUAGUUUCAACCUGACCUUUCCUUGGUCUUUCAUAUUGCAUUUGCUUAACCGUAAGCUAACUAUCGCUGAUUUGACCAGUCGUAUCUCAAGUCUUUUUUGCCGCCAACUCUCUACACACCGCUUCAUUAACCCCUAACAUGCUCGAUCCAUACAGCUACGUGGCACCGUCGCGGGUCAAGACGCUUCUUGUACCGCUCAAUGGCCUCCUGCAUCUGCGGUUCCUCCAGAUAGCGGACCAGCUCGAACAGUUCCGCGAGGUGCGCCUCGUGGACGUGUCGCCCAUCUCCGCCGCUCCCACUACUCCAGCCGCCAAAGUCGCGCCAGUCAAUUUCAACCCACAGGGCUACCCCAACGGCCGCGUAUGUUUCGAUGUCAGCCUCACUAGCGGAGACGAGAACGCUGGCACGGAAAUGCUGGUGUUUCUCCACGAUUUUGAGCCGUGGCGCAAGACGUUUGUGGUGCUUGGGUGUCUUGACCACACGGACAACCUCACAGCCGAGGCCGUGGCUGCCCAUCUCGCGCAGUUGAAGCGCCAACACGGGUUUGCUAUUGUUCACAAGGUCUGUCUCUUCAACUCGCCGCAAACCUCUGGGCUUGGUCCGGAUGUCUUGUACGUUCUGCAAGGUGGCGUCGAAACCGUCAUGUGCGAUGUGACCAAACACUUCCUCGUUGCCCUUACCUCCUACGCCAAGGCGUACCAGAAUAUCACGCUCCGUUCGCCCGGCUCCAUGAGUAACAAGGCCAUCACACGCUCGUUCUCUGGAAGCUCCGCCAUCGCGCUCAAUAAGCGCAGCAGCAUCGUGAGCACGUCGUCGCUCAACCUCACAACCAGUGAGACGAAGCGCGCGGCCGCGCGCGUCAAGGGUCGCCAGCAUAAGGUCCUCGGAAACUUCUACAUGCUCGCAGGGCGCUAUCCUGACGCGCUCAAGGAGUUUGGUGACGCUGCGGCGACCCUCAAGCUCGCACACGACAAUUUAUGGCUUGGCUCGGCCCUUGAGGGUAUAGGGAUCUGUAUUGUGCUCCUCACGUUCUUAGGGGCGCCAUAUGGGGUUCCGUCUAUUCUCAACCUGAUUCUCACCAAGGUGCCCAAGCUCCUGGGGCGGUUUGCAGACGCGAAGGAGGUGACGCCGUCGCCUACCAACUCGCCCAAGAAUUCGCUCUCCCUCACCCGCACGUUCGACUCCAGCGGCUUGUCCACGCCGGAGCUCAUCUACUCGCUCGCCAUCAAGGCAUUGGUCCACUUUGACAUGUCCGCGAACGACCAUGAGGACUACGUGCCACAGCUUGUGUACUGCGAGACGAUUCUCCGUAUCGUAAAGUUCAUGGCGGCUGUGUAUGUUGGUGGAUCGCUCUCGCCGUCGGUGUUGGACCACCUCGUGCGCGGCGGGGCCGUGGCGAAGAAGCCAGAUACCGGGAUGUUUUCCAAGCGGGAUAUCACGGUGUUGGCAAGUUGGGUUUCAUAUGGCCAACUCAAGGACAUGGAGGCGUUGUCGCAGUGCCGGGUGUACUGUGCGCUUGCGAGCGUGUACGGGGACUUGGAGUUGUACCGGAAGCGGGGAUUUGUUCUUCAGUUGUUGUUUGCCAAGUGGGGAGCCUCAGGCGUAAGCCUGGUCAUCCAGACCUCCCACCCAGGAAACCGCCAAGCCCCUCUUGAACUCCUCUCCUCGCUUGCGCUCAUCUACUCCAUUGGUGACAAAACACCUGCGUCGUUUGGCUGGGGAACUCUCCACAAGCCCCUCCUCCACAUGGCCCUCGCCACCUGUGUCUCCCUUUCCCAGCCAUCUGGUGUCAUCUCCUUCGGCUCGCUCCUCCUCUCGCGCUACCUCUACGCCAUGGACACAACCGAGCAGGAGGAGGUUUUCUUCCUGAUCAAGCAGGCGAUCCAUGAGCUCAAGGAGCCGGCUUGUGAGUACUGGGACCCGUUCAUGCUCAGAAACAUCCGCGUCUUGAAGCACGCUACCAACCUAGCCACCACGAAGGCCCCAAACUCCGACAGCCCCUUCUACAACCCGUUUGAGAAGCAGGAAAGUGCGGAGAAGGUGUUGGUCCAGGACGAUAUCGCCGAGCUUCUCAUCACCGUCCAGAACCCCUUCAAGUUUGAGAUCGACUUGACUCUGGUGGAGGUGCUUGCGGAAGACCCCAUGUCGUUGGAAACGGUGCUGAGUUUUGCACAAUUCUCCUAUGCCGUCGCGCCCGAGUCAUUCUCCGACAUUCGACUCUCGGUGAUUCCGCGCGCAGCUGGGACCUUGCGGAUCACCGGGAUCCGUGCCGUGGUGUGUGGGUCGAUGGAGCAGGUUUUUGAAAUCUCCGGCGACGAGAACGUGCUUCGGUUGGCCAAAAUCAAGUCCCACGGUCCGAACAAGAGCCCUGGAGAGCACGACUUGUCGACCCAUUUCGAGCACUUGAAGUUGGCCGAUGCGAGAACGAGCGAUGACGCCAGGGUGGCUUCCGUGACCGUUGUCACGAAGGUGGUUUCGCCACAGCCGACGCUUUCGCUAGAGGAUGUCUCGGUGCAGAACGGCUGGGCCAUGUUGCUCGAGGGUGAGCGGUUCAACUUUGGGGUCCUGUUCCGCAACUCCUCGCAGACGCCUAUCAACCAUCUUACGUUUGCGGCGCGUGACCUGACCAUCGAGCCGCUUACGGAAGCGCUCGGCUCGAAGGAUCUCCCGGCGAACGAAAUCUACGAGAUCGAGUACUAUUUAAUCAAGAAGGAGGGUAUCCGCUUGCGCAACCAGCGUCAGAUCAAGCAGACCAUCGCUGCGGGCGAGGAGUUCGUCUUGGACUUGGAGUUGAUCGGCAAGCGCGGUAUGAAGGAGGCCAGCGUUGUGUUGGAGUACGCGUUCCAGGACGUGGGGGCGUUUCUCACCCGGAGCAUCGCUGUCCCAGUGCUGGUUUCGGUGUAUCCGUCAAUCGAGCUUGCGGGGUGUGACUUGGUCCCAAUCUUUGUGAAUGCGGCGAAUGAUUCUGACCUCUGGCGGUACUUGAGCGACAGGGAGGAGGAGGGUGAACGGGUGAGCGACUAUUGCUUGCUUGUUCUUGACUUUAGGAAUGCGUGGGGGAAGGCUAUUGACAUUGAGCUAGGCAAUAUACCGGCCGCUGAGUUGGUGUCUGGAGGGUUAAACGGUAAGUUGAUUGAAGACAAGUUUGACGAACAGUCUCGCGGAAAGUUGGUUGAGGACAAGCCUAACGGAAUGCGCACUAGUAAAGGAUCAUCAGGACGGCUUAGCGGUGAUGGUUUGCCUGGCGGCAUGUUUCUACUCUCCGACACUAUCCCGCCCAGAUGCACCCGCCGCUACAUUCUUCCUGUCAAACGCAUAAAGUUUUCCGAUGAACACCUCCAGCAGCCCAUCCCGUCUCUCCGCAACAAACAGUUUAUCGUUGACAAAACCUCCAAGGAAGAGGCACGCUUCAUCCGUGAGGCGUUCUGGUACCGCAAACAGAUCCUCUCGCUGCUCCAGGGGACGUGGAAGGAGGCCGAGAGCGACCGUCAUGGCGACAUUGAGCUCCGCGGCAUCCGUCUCUCCCAGAAGAUGGUCAACAUCCUCAAGGUGCAGAAGGCCUUCUUGGAGUUGACAUUGAGUAACGCCAAGCGCACGGGUAUGAACUGGGACGUGGUUUGCGAGGACUUUUUCACGGUCAAGACCAAGAUCACCAACUACAACGACUGUCCCAUUGUCGGGGUGUUGCGCCACGUACCCUGCUCCAUCUCUGAUCCGGCCAAGUCGGUGGACCGCAAGAUUUUGUAUAACGGUGUAUUGCAGCACGCGACACUGUCUAUCGCUCCCGGCCAGACGGUGCUGUUUGAGAUGGGUGUGUGCGUGCUCGACAAAGGUGAGUACGAAUGGGGUGUGAUUUUUGAGGAGUUACGCGGUGAUAGGCUUGUGCAAUACGCCCAGCACGAGCCCAUGUACAUCCGCGCGGUGUAGCAUAAUAGAAUGCAUUGGAA